AUGGAUACUAUAGAUAAAAUUUGGAUGGAUCUCCGAAGAUCCACCAAUGAGUAUGAUCGUGGAGUGAAGUAUUUUCUUGAUAAGGCAUUUGAACGAGCUUCUCAAGGAAAUGAAAUACUAUGCCCUUGUAAAAGGUGUUUUAAUCGGUAUUGGCAUACUCGAACGGUGGUGGAGAAUCACUUGUUUGGUUAUGGAUUUGUUAAUGGAUACACCAAAUGGGUUUUCCAUGGAGAAGGGUUUUCUUCAACAAAUAUGCCGCAUCCAACCAAUGAUGAUGAAACUUCCGACAUGCAUGACGAUAUCGAUGGACUACUUUAUGAUACUUUUAGGAAUGUAGAAGGUGAUCUGCUGCAUGAAGGAGUGAGAGAGAGACCAUCUAAAGAUGCAAAGAGAUUUUUCAAAUUAGUUAAGGAAGGGAAACAAGAGUUGUACCCAGGGUGUAAGAAUUUUUCUAAGGUGAGUUUCACCAUUCGGUUGUACUUGUUUAAAUGCAUUCACGGGUUGAGUAAUGUAGCCUUUUCAGACUUGUUAGACUUGAUAAAAGAGGCAUUUCCAUUUGCUCAGCUACCCGAGUCUUUCAACAAGGCAAAAAAGGUGAUAAAAGAUUUGGGUCUUGGUUAUGAGAAAAUUCAUACAUGCCCUAACGAUUGCAUGCUAUUUUGGAAUGACAAUGCGAAGAUAGAUAAUUGCUAUGUGUGUGGUUCUUCUAGAUGGAAGAAUGUUCAUGAUGAUUUAACUAAUAAGAACACUAAAAUCCCAGCAAAGGUUUUAAGGUACUUCCCUUUAAAGCCUAGGCUUCAGAGGAUAUUUAUGUGUUCUGAAACAUCUGUAGCCAUGAGAUGGCAUGCUACUGAACGACCCAAAGAUGGGAAUUUAAGACAUCCUUCUGAUGGGGAAGCUUGGAAGGAUUUUGAUUCAUUCCACCUGGAUUUCUCUAAAGAUCCUCGUAAUGUUCGAUUGGGUCUUUCAAGUGAUGGUUUCAAUCCAUUCCGAACCAUGAGCAUUUCCCAUAGUACAUGGCCAGUUAUGUUAAUGAACUAUAAGUUGCCACCAUGGAUUUGCAUGAAGCCGGAGUAUAUAAUGUUGUCAAUGAUCAUUCCAGGUCCAUCGUCUCCUGGAAACGAUAUAGAUAUGUUCCUACAAUCACUAAUUGCAGAGUUGAAGGAACUAUGGGAAAUGGGAGUGGAAACAUAUGAUGCUGAAACUAACCAAACAUUUCUAAUGCGUGCAGCUUUAUUGUGGACAGUUAGUGAUUUUCCAGCACUAGCAAUGCUUUCCGGAUGGAGCACCAAGGGGAAAUGGGCAUGCCCCACCUGUAAUUAUGAUACUUGCUCUCAAUAUCUCAAACAUAGUCAUAAGAUGUGUUACUUGGGUCAUCAAGCAUUUUUACCUCCUGAUCAUCCAUUUCGAAGAGAUAAGAAAUCAUUUGAUGGUAAAGAGGAGCAUAAAGCUGCACCUACUCCAUUAUCUAGAAGUGCUUGA